AUGUACCUAUACCACAGCAACAAGUGCGCGAUCAAAAAAGGCAUACCAUUCUUCCGCAACGUAGUUAGUAUAUCCUUUUUGAGGAAGGCACAAAAUGGGGAUACAGUAAAAAGGCGAAAGGUGUUUUGCAGCACCAAGUUCAUUUCGACCAUUUCGGAAGAGCGUGAAACAGGAUGUGGCCAAACGAACACGGAUCAGCCUUCCACCGGGUUUGGAAGUUACACUGAGAAAAGUAGCUAUAAAGACAUAAAGAUUGUAGAAAAUGAAAAGGAAGGCAAUGACGCCGCUGAAGAAAUAAACCAAAACGACAUCAUUGCAGUAGAUUUUGAGGGGACAAAUUUGGGGAAGUAUGGAAAGGUAUGCAUAAUGCAGGUGUACACGGAGGAAAGAACCCAGGGAGGAACACGCCAAAAAAGUGAGUGCUUAUCCCGUGAGAAGUACUACAUAUUCGACUUGCUAAAAAUGUCAGUCAUAAAAAGUGUCAAAAAAAUAAUCGAAAAUAAGAAAACGCUAAAACUGGUACACGACUGCAGGGAAGAUAGCUCCGCCCUGUAUAACCAGCUGGGAAUAAAAUUCGAAAACGUUUACGAUACAUCCAGGGCGCACAUGCUACUGAUGGAAAAGAACAAAAGUAAUGACAUAUAUCAAGUAAGCUUUCUCCAACUGUUGAACGAUUAUUUGGGGAUUAAGGAUGAGUGUUUAAGUAGCAUCAAAAAGGAAAUGUAUAAGAAUGAAAAAAUUUGGGAAGUCAGACCAUUAAGUAAAAUGUCCAUCAUUUAUGCUUUAAAAAAUGUGAAGUACUUAUUCCCCCUGUACAGGAUUUUCGAUAACAUGCUUUCAAAGAAAAGCGUUUUGGAAAAAUCGAAAGAUUUUGUAAAUUACUGUUUUAUGAAUUCGCG